AGCAGAGAUGCAACUUCCAAGAAGGCUGACGACGACGGGAGAGGCAAGCUCUGGGCUCCACGACCUAAUAACUCUCUUUUCCCCUGGAAUCACCUCCAAUUUCCGUAUCCCCCAGUUUGUUUUGGCCCUGAGCCCUCCUGAACCCGGGCUGGCCAUCGCUGAAGUUGCGCCUGGCUCUGUCGCAUGUUGAACCGAGUGUGCUUGCUCUCCCUGGAAAACCAAUCCGUGUGCCGGCGUGUUAUAUCAUUGAAGCAAGCGCAAGCAAGUAUUCAGAGUGAGCGCGUUCUCGCUUCUCUCGCUUGUCUCGUUUAUCUCGCUCCUGUCCAUAGCUGCCCAGCAUGGCCACGAUACGCAGCCUUGAUCACACAAAGUCCGAAGCCGAGCUCGCCAUCAACAUCAAGAAAGCUACGAGCCCCGACGAGACGGCACCGAAGCGCAAGCAUGUUAGAAGUUGUAUUGUCUACACCUGGGACCACAAGUCCUCCCAAUCCUUCUGGGCUGGUCUGAAGGUCCAGCCCAUCCUCGCCGACGAGGUCCAGACCUUCAAGGCUCUCAUCACAGUCCACAAGGUUCUCCAAGAAGGCCACCCCAGCACCCUCAGGGAGGCGCUGAACAACAGGUCGUGGAUCGAUAGCUUGAACCGCGGCAUGUCGGGCGAGGGCAUGCGCGGAUACGGCCCACUGAUCAAGGAAUAUGUCUACUACUUGCUCGCGAAGCUUUCGUUCCACCAGCAACACCCAGAGUUCAACGGCACGUUCGAGUACGAGGAGUACAUCAGUCUCAAGGCUAUCAACGACCCGAACGAGGGAUACGAGACGAUCACCGACCUCAUGACGCUGCAAGACAAGAUUGAUCAGUUCCAGAAGCUCAUCUUCUCCCACUUUCGAACCACUGGCCAGAACGAAUGCCGGAUUUCGGCCCUUGUGCCUCUCGUCACGGAGAGUUAUGGUAUCUACAAGUUCAUCACGAGCAUGCUCCGGGCCAUGCACUCGGCCACUGGUGACAACGAUGCCCUGGAGCCGCUUCGGGAGAGGUACAAUGCUCAGCACUACCGCCUUGUCAAGUACUACUACGAGUGCUCCAAUAUUCGCUACCUCACCAGUCUCAUCACCAUUCCGAAGCUUCCGCAAGACCCACCGAACCUCCUCGCCGAGGAUGAGUCGGCGCCAGCGUUGCCGGCCCGCCCCAAGCAAGAAAUCGAGAAGCAGCCGACUCCUCCGCCACCGGUACCCAAGUCCGAAGAGCCCGAUCAGAUGAACGAGUUCUGGAAGAGCGAGAUUGAUCGCCAGAACCGCGAGUACGAGGAGCAGCAGCGCGUGUUGGAGGCCCAGCAGCAGCAGGCCCUUCGUGCCCAACAGCAGGCUCAGCUACAGGCGCAACGGGACUUUGAGGAGCAGCAGCGGCGGCUGAUGGAACAGCAGCAGCGGGAACAGGAGGCUCUGAGAAAUCAGCAGGCGCAGUGGCAGACGCAGGGCCGGCUGGCGGAACUGGAACAAGAGAACCUGAACGCCCGUGCCCAGUACGAGCGUGAUCAGCUCAUGCUUCAGCAGUACGAUCAGCGGGUCAAGGCCCUCGAGGGCGAGCUGGCCACAAUCCAGGGCAACUUUGGGCAGCAGCUCGCCAGCAGAGACGACCAGAUCAGGUCGUUGCAGGAGCAGGUCAACACUUGGAGGUCAAAGUACGAGGCUCUCGCCAAGCUCUACUCUCAGCUUCGUCACGAACACCUCGAUCUUCUUCAGAAAUUCAAGGCUGUUCAGCUCAAGGCCGCCUCGGCCCAGGAGGCGAUCGACAGGCGCGAGAAGCUGGAGCGCGAGAUCAAGACGAAGAACCUCGAGCUCGCGGACAUGAUUCGCGAGCGUGACAGAGCUCUUCACGAGAAGGACAGGCUGACGGGUUCCAACAAGGACGAGGUCGAGAAGCUCAAGCGUGAGCUGCGCAUGGCUCUCGACCGUGCGGACAAUCUGGAGCGCAGCAAGGGCAAUGAGCUCUCCACCAUGCUCUCCAAGUACAACCGCGAGAUGGCCGAUCUCGAGGAGGCCCUGCGCAACAAGACGCGGGCUCUUGAGGAUGCUCAGGCCAAGCUUAGGGAGGGGAGUUCCGACUUGGAGAUGCUCCUCCGCGAGAAGGAGGAGGAGCUGGAGGUGUAUAAGGCCGGCAUGGAUCAGACGCUGAUCGAGCUCAACGAGCUGAAGAACAACCAGGGUGUGUCGGACCAGGCUCUUGACGGCCAGCUCGACGCCAUCAUCCUGGCCCAGCUUGACAAGAUCAACGAGAUUAUCGACUCGGUUCUUCAGGCCGGCGUCCAGCGUGUGGAUGAUGCCAUUUACGAGCUCGACUCGACCAUGCAGGCCGGUAACCAGAAUGCCUCGCCGUCAUACGUCUUGUCACAGAUCGAGAAGGCUUCCGCCAGCGCCACCGAGUUCGCCACCUCUUUCAACAACUUCAUCGCCGACGGUCCCAACAGCACUCACGCCGAGCUGAUCAAGAACAUCAGCGUCUUCUCGGGUGCCGUUGCCGAUGUCUGCAGCAACUCCAAGGGUCUCAUGCGUCUGGCCACCGAUGAGAAGAAGGCCGAUGCCCUUGCCAACGGUGCCCGGCAGUCGGCUCACUCCACGGUCAAGUUCUUCCGCAGCCUGUUGAGCUUCCGUCUGGAGGGAAUGGACCCCCUUCAGAAGACAGACGUCGUCAUCAACAGCAACAACGAAGUCCAGAUGAACCUGCAGAGGCUCAACAAGUCCGUCGAGGGCUUCGCUCCCGGCUUCGGCAAGCUUGCCAACAAGGGAGACCUCGGCGAGAUUGUCGACCAGGAACUCAACCGUGCGGCUGACGCCAUUGCUGCUGCUGUGGCUCGCCUCCAGAAGCUCAGGAACAAGCCUCGCGACGGGUAUUCCACCUACGAGCUCAGCGUCCACGACUCUAUUCUCGACGCCGCCAUGGCCAUCACCACCGCCAUCGCCCAGCUCAUCAAGGCUGCCACCGCCACCCAGCAGGAAAUCGUCCAAGCCGGCAGGGGCUCCUCCUCCAAGACGGCCUUCUACAAGAAGAACAACCGCUGGACCGAGGGUUUGAUCUCUGCUGCCAAGGCGGUGGCCACCUCGACCAACACCCUCAUUGAGACGGCCGAUGGUGUCAUUUCCAACAGGAACACCCCCGAGCAGCUGAUUGUUGCCUCCAAUGACGUGGCCGCCUCGACGGCGCAGCUAGUGGCGGCCAGCAGAGUCAAGGCCGGCUUCAUGAGCAAGAGCCAGGAGAGCCUCGAGCAGGCGAGCAAGGCUGUCGGUGCGGCCUGCAGAGCGUUGGUGAGGCAGGUGCAGGCCAUCAUCAAGGAGAGGAAUGGGAUGGAGAAUGAGCAGAUUGAUUAUAGCAAGCUGGGGAGCCAUGAGUUUAAGGUUCGGGAGAUGGAGCAGCAGGUCGAGAUUCUUCAGCUGGAGAAUGCGCUGUCUGCGGCCAGGCAGAGGUUGGGUGAGAUGAGGAAGAUUUCGUAUCAGGAGGAUUGAGAUGAAGAAAGAAGGGGCCGAGAGUUUUUGAGCGGAGGUGGCUGUCACAUUUUUGUAUUCUUUCUGUUUCGAAGCACACACACACUUUCCCUCUUUGUCAGCAGGCAGAUCAGGGUAGGGAGGGGUAAAAGAAUGAAAACUAGUUUUUUAUUUUUUAUUUUUUUUAUUUAUUUUUUUUUCUUUUCUUUUUUUCUGUGGUAGUUGUUUGGUAAUUGUUUGGUUGUAUGAUGCUGCUGUCUGUUGGGUGGGUGGGUAGGUGGUGGUUUUCUCGGGGAAACUUGCCUUCGGAUGUAUGUAUGUAUUUGGGGAGAAAGACAAAUUGUAAGAGACUGU